AUGAACAAAGGCUCUUGCUCUUCAAGUAUUUCGAUCCCGGAUAAUGUUGAGUUCAAACUUGAAUCAUUCGUUCUUCCGCAGUGUUAUUUAGGGGAUUUGAAAUCUGUUAUGAUACCUAAGGGUCUCAUUUGUGAUCGAGUCAAAUGUCUUGCUCGGGAAAUUGUUCAAGUAAUUGGUGACCAACCACUUGUGAUGUUGUGUGUCCUGAAAGGUUCCUACCGAUUUUUCACAGAACUGGUGGAAGAAAUGAUAUCUGCACGGGCUUCCUGCUCUCAUUUGUUAGAAGUUGAUUUUAGUUAUACGAAUUCGGAUCGUUCAGAAGCGUUAGAAAUGAUUGGUCUGUCAAAUGAAAAGGAUCUGGAAAAUAAGAAUGUCGUGGUGGUCGAAGAUAUUGUGGAUAGUGGUAGGACAAUAUCACAGCUGUUGAACAGACUGGAACAGAUGGGUGUAAAACAAAUGUGGACUGCUAUUCUACUUUCUAAACGAUGUGAACGGGAACAUAAGGUACAAGAAGAUUUUAUAGCAUUUGACAUUCCUGACAAAUUCAUUGUUGGCUUUGGAUUAGAUUAUAAUCAGAAGUUUCGAGACUUGUCCCAUAUAUGUGUCAUGAGUGAAGCCGGUAUUGAAAAACAUAAAAUAACGGAAUAG